CCCUCCCCUCCCCUCCCCCGUGUCCGCCCCCAUCCUCUCGUCAGGGAUGGAUGGUGCUGAGCUGCUCUCCCAUUAAGCAGCAGAGAGGAACUGGGCCGGUUCCAGUGAGCAGAUGUUCUCCGGCAGGAUGACCCUCAGCGCGCCGUGCGAGCCGCCGGAGGAGCUGCAGGAGCUGCAGGAGCUGCAGGAGCUGGCCUUCAUCGAGCGGCCGAUCCGCAGGAGCCUGAAGACUGCAGAGGAGAUUGAUCAGCUGACUGUGGAUGAAGACCUGAAUGACGUGGAGAGAGCUGUGUACCUACUCAGCUUUGGUCAGGAGGUCCAGAGAGCCAGUGUCAUCAGCAACCUACCCAGCCUGGUCCGUCAGAAUCCAGCGGAGACUUUUCGGCGAGUUGUACCUAAAGUUCGGGAGGUCUUGAAUGGAGCCGGAGCUGAAAUCCAGCUGGCAGCAGCAACUUCCUUCCUAACCAUCCUGCAGGAUGACAUCAUCCUGAUCCACACGCACACCUUCUCCAUCCUGAAGACGGUGCUGCUUCACCUGAACCACAGGGAUGCAGUGGUGAGCACCGCCUGGUUGGAGACUCUGCUGUCAGCCAUCAGUGCUCUGCCCAAAGAAACCAUCAAGCAGGAGGUGCUGAACCCUCUCCUCUACCAGAGUCAGCUGUCUCACUCUCCUCAGGCUCGUCUGGCCGCCUGCCGUAUUUUAGGAAAAGCUUCCAGCAAGUUCGACUGUCUUAUAGUAAAAAAGGAGCUGCUGCCGUUGGCCCGUUCUCUGUGUCAGGAUGUGGAAUCAGAGGUCCGAGUCUGUAUGUGCCGCCAGCUGGAGAGCAUGGCCAGAGCCAUUGGGGUGGAUGACACCAGAACCGAGCUCCUUCCUGAGCUGCUGGAACUCGCCGGCGAUGAGGAGAGCAGCGUUCGACUGGCCGCCUUUGACAGCAUCAUCAGUCUGAUGGAGAUGAUGGACGGAGAUGAUCUACUUCACCUUUUGGUUCCAUUGGUGAUGUCAGCAUGCGAUGCUUCGUCACAGGUGGACAAGGGGGUCACGGUGUCACUGUCGUUCCAGUUUGGGAAGCUCUGCAGUGGACUGGCAGGUUCCCUGUCGGAUGAGCAGAAGGAGCUCCUAAUGCAGAAGUUUCAGGUUCUGUGUAUCACCGGACUACCGACUGAAGAAAAUCAGAUGGACGCCAGCGAGUCCACGUUGAUCCGAUGUAACUGCUGCUACAAUAUACCGGCCAUGGUGGCCUUUGUGGAGCCGGCUCACUUCCUGUCCAAUCUAUAUCCGUCCUUCUCGGGUCUUUGCAGCGACCCGGAGGUCAGCGUUCGCCGAAGUGUAGCAGCCACUAUCCACCAGGUGGUGAAGAUGCUUGGGCCUAACGCCCAUGUGGUCCACAAAGAGCUUAUGCUGCUGCUCCAAGACAGUUCUUUGGAGGUCCUAGAUGCUCUGAUGAACCACCUGGACGAGACUCUGGAGGUGGUCCUGUCCAGAGGAGACAACCUGACGCUGGACAACAAGCUCCAGGAGCUGCUGUCUGCGCUGCUGUCGGCUGAACAGAAAGUUGGAUCUUCUCUGCGUUGGCGGUUGCAUGAGAAACUGCUCCACCGCUACAGCUGCCUGUCUAGACUGCUGCCAGGCGAGCUUCUGCACCAAACCUUCUCAGCUCGGAUCUUCACCAUCCUCACCACCAACAAAGUAUUACCGGUUCAGAAGGAGGCGGCAAGGACAUUUUGCACAUUCUUACGCUACAACCGCAAGCAGGAGCAGCGUCAGGAGAUGAUGGGGCGGCUGAUCCAAGAGAUUGCUCAAGGUCGCAGCUAUUGGAACCGUCUGAGAUUCCUAGAUGUUUGUGAAAUUGCCACAGAGAUUUUCUCCAGAAAAUACUUCAACAAGCACUUCCUGAUCCCGGCACUGGAACUUGUCCAUGACCCUGUUGCCAAUGUCAGGUAUAAGCUCUGCCAGCUGUUGCCUCGGUUGCGUUCGUCCCUCCGCCUGCCAGCCGACAAGCUGCUGCUACAGAAACUAGAUUUCUGUGUCCAAAAAAUUCUCUGUCGAGAGAAAGACAAAGACGUUGUGGCCAUGAUCCGCAAGACAGUGUUGGAACUGGAUAAACUGGAUCUGUCUGAGCCUUUUCAUAAGAGACAUGAGUGGGACCUGCUUGAUCAGAAGAAGGAGAAGGAGGAGAUGCUUCUGCUGGAGAUGGAGCAGCUGGAGCGGCAGCAAAACGAUGAAAAGCUGAACUCUGACAAACACAUGGAACGAAAAAGAAGAGACAGCAAGACUAGUCUGUCCUCUACCAAGUCGAUGUCCGUGUCCUCGUCAACAGGAGGCGCGUCCUCUGGUAAAGAGAUAAGGAAGGCCAAACUGUCUCGCAGUCGGUCCCUCAGCAGCCAGCCCACCUCGGCCAAACCUUUGAACUCGGAUCGACCUCUGAAGGUCAAAGAUCCCAGCAGCUCUUCGGGCCUCGGGAAGUCCACCAGAGAUGAUUCCGGGAGGAUGGCCCACUUCACCCUGACGACCCAGUCCACCUCUUCCAUGCCGGUUCUAAUCAGGAGCAAAACUACGAGCCUCCUUGACCAGGCCGGUAUGCUGGAGCAGAGAGACCCCAGAACCAGCAAACUGGACCCCAGGACUGGUAACAGAGAGCACAGGAACAAUAUGAUGGAGCAUAGAACCAGUUCCCUGGAAGAAAGAGAGCACAGAACCAUCUCCCUGGACCACAGGGAUCCCAGGACCAGCACCUUGGGUCAGCGCAGUAAGACGAUGGAGCGUGGCAGUGGGAUGAUGGACAGUCAGUCCAGGAGGCUCUCCAUAAACAGGAAGUCCAGCUCUUUCCAAUUGGAAUGAGGCUAAAGACGAUGAUGUCAUCACUUCCACAUCUGGCCAAUCAGCUUCCUGGGAGCAGCUUCAGGAUGAGGCCCAGGAUGCAGCUUGGCAUCGACCGAAGCAGUGGACUCUGAUGUGACCUGAACCUACUGAGCACUGUGUCUUCUAAUCAUCUCACCGCUUCAUUUGAUUGGUUCAGUAAAACCUCACCUUCAGGUGGUUGGAGGGACCUUAUUGGACGGGGAUCACAGUGGACAACCAAAGAUGAGUCGAAUGUGAUCAGAUGAAACUUAAAAGAUUAUUUUAAAAUAAAAAAACUCAAUGAAAACAG